ACUGUGUGGGAAGACAUGGGAGGAGCUUCCAUAGUAUAAACUUGGAUGUUUCCUAGCAGUAAAAGAGGCUCACCACGGUAAACGAUGCCAAAUGUACACGAAGAGGACGAAUGCAACAUCGCAUUAACAGAACAUUGGUGGAUAGUCUUUAAUGUUUAGUCUUCCGUGUCAUCCAGCGCGAGACUCACAGGCUCUGGGUUCAAGUAUUCGGGAGCGCACUGGAGAGGCACUCGGAGUGGUUACGUUCAACUUGCAUGCGUGGAUAAAAUACCUCUACAUAGACCAACACUUUUGUUUUGAAACAAACAAACCGAACGUAUCUUGUAAGAUGAUCUGGCUAUUGUUUUUACUCCUUUGUGCAACCGGCGUGCUGUCGCAUUCCACCCAGGUGGCUAUCAUCUAUCCUCAAGACCCUGCCCUUCUUAUUGGCUCCAGCCUGACAGCUACAUGCUCAGUGAAUCCAGAACAUGGAGUGCAUGCAGGCUCACUCUACUGGACGCUGAACGGGAAGCGUCUUCCAAGCAGUACCUACAGCGUCUUGAGCCCCACUGUGCUCAGUGUUACCCUGCCUCGGCUCUCCGGAUCCCGCCAACGCUCUGGAGACAACCUUGUGUGCCAUAACAGCGGGGGUCAUGUGCUGGCUGGCUCUUGCAUCUAUGUUGGCAUGCCUCCUCAGAAACCUGUGAACCUUACCUGCUGGUCCAGGAACACCAAAGACCUAACCUGUAAAUGGGCCCCUGGCGGCCAGGGGGAAACAUUCAUCAAGACAAAAUACACUCUCAAGUAUAAGUUCAGGUGGUAUGGCCGAGAAAAGGAGUGUGAAGACUACAACGUUGGAGAUCCGUACACGUGCUACAUCCCCCGCGACCUCGCCCUUUUCACGCCCUACGAAAUAUGGGUGGAGGCCUCUAACCAACUCGGAACCGCCACGUCUGACGUCAUAAACUUGGAUAUCCUAGACGUGGUGACGACAGAUCCACCGACUGACGUGACAGUGAGUCGAGUGGGCAACCUGGAGGACCAGCUUACAGUGCGAUGGGGAACACCGCCUGCACUCAAAGACUUCCUCUUUCAGGCCAAAUAUCAGAUCAGAUACAGACUGGAGGACAGCAGUGACUGGAAGGUGGUGGAUGAUGUCGGGAAUCAGACUUCCUGUAGGUUGGCAGGUUUGAGGCCUGGCACAGUGUAUUUUGUGCAGGUGCGCUGUAAUCCAGUGGGGAUCCUUGGCUCCAGGAAAGCGGGCAUAUGGAGUGACUGGAGUCACCCGAAUGCAGCCUCAACACCACAUAGUGAGCGGCUGCUGACAGGGUCAUGUGACUCGAAGGCGGGGCAGCAGAACUCCACAUUGCGGCGGGACUUGAAGCAGUUCUUCGGCUGGGUGCGCAAACACGCCUACGGUUGCAGCGGUAUGAGUAUCAAACUUUAUGAUCAGUGGCGGGUCUGGCUCCAGAAAUCUCACAAAACCCGCAACCAGGUAGGUUCUUCAAGGAGAUAAAUCAUAGCAUGUCGCUUCUAGCAGGCAGAACACUUUUACAACAACAGCACACUGUGGAAGAACUCACAUUUUCCAGACUUCUGCUUGGCUCAGUGCAAGAAAGUUAACGGACAGCUGGACUCAAAAUGGAAUGUUCAAACAGCAAAGAGUGAUGGGCAUUUGGUCCCUUGGACACAGUCUAAAUUGUGCAGUUUUCAAAAAUGCCUUAUAGUAGAGAAAAAACAAACAAACACUUAAACAUCUUUCUUUGAUAAUCGCCAUGGAGACCAAAUGGAUUAUAUCCUCGCAACUCUUUUUCAGAGGAGACAAGUUCUUGACCGUGUUUGCAACAAUUUCACAUAAUUUGCACAUUUACUCUGAGGAUGACGAUGCUUAGCCGACGUGAAACAUGGUCAAUGCGUGGGUCCGUGACAUUUUCAUAUAGUUUCUGUCAACUGCUAACUUCAGCUGAUCUGUAUGCUCGAGAGGUUCCUCACGGGCAAAUGAAAAAUGUCGGAACUUUUCUCAACUAACGUUUUGCAUAACUUCAAGGGAACUGGAAGAAUUGUAAUGAAAUAGACCAUUUAGUCUUACCAAAUGUAUCUUUCACAAAUGUUCUAGCAUUACAAUUGUGACUGUACUACAGCAGUUUACAUAAAAAAAUCGACAGGUAUACCUCACAGUCUGAAACAUCUUGCAUUCAAGUAAUCUGUACAUGCCAUAAAGCACACGCUUUACCACGCAAUACUCAAUAUAUCAAUUCUUGGAACUAAGAGUGGGGUUUGUUGCCAUUGUCAUUGCCAUUUCUAAUUUUCUGAAGUCAUAAAGGAGGACCCACUAAAACACUACAUCCAGGACAGAGUUGGAACUCCAGAGUGAACUCCAAAUAUGGUCAUUUAAGGAACGAAGAGGAUUGUUUUUCGGCCAACAAAUGUUCUCUCUUGUGUUUUUAUAUGUUGCAGUUGAAAUGCAAAACUGUAACUGUGUUUGUAGCAUUGAUCUAUUUGAAAAUAAUUUUAUUUUACUGCUUUUAUUUUUGUACUGAAUUGUAUCCACAUAUUUAAAUUUAAAGUUAUGUUUUGACUCUUAAGUUAUGUAUAGGUAGAUUAUAUUAUUAUUGACUGAAUUGUUAAACCCGAACAUUGUUUAUAAAAUCCUUCUUUAAGAUUAAGUUUA